UAUUGUAAAGCACUGGCCUCCUUGAAACAAGUAACCAGUCUUUGUAUCUGCAUUAGUGAAAAUAAAUAAGAGGCAGAAGGAUUGUGACUUGCACUUACACAAUCAGCAACUGGAAAAAUGCCAGGUUCUAAAAGUAACUUGGUGUCUUUACAUGAGGAUGUUAUAAAUGAUACUUCAGACUUGAGUGAAAUGAAAAUUUCAGAUGAAAAAGGAUCUGUUGAAAAAAGAACAAUGACUCUGAUUGAGAAGAAUGGCUAUCACGACUCCGUAUACAUAAAUGCAGCUAAGAUUUUUCAGGGCAUUCAUACUGAAAAGCGUAAGGAUAGAAUAUUGGUGCGGUAUGGUGAUGACUCAGUAUCUCCCAUGCUGACUUUUAAAAACGAGUAUUCCCAGCAUGUAUCUUACAAACUGGCUUUCAAUGCUCUAAAAUAUCAAGAUCUUCUUGAAGAAAUAUUGUUAGAUAGUUGUGUUUACCCAUGCCAGUCAAUACCAGAUGAAUUAACCAGCUUGCUUGUUGUGAUGCUUUAUGACCUACAAGACCGAAAGUUUCAAGCACGAGAGAUUUUUGAUGAAGAGGAACCUGUAGCAGAAGUUCGGAAAAUAGAGCGUUAUCUAUACAGUUUUAGGACCAAGUUGGCAGCUGCACUAGCAAGAUGUCGCAUCAAACAUGAUGCUCUUUCAAUUGAAUACAUUCUACCAGAAACCAUACGGAAGCAGGAACAAAGGGCUUCUGCUUUACCUUUAUGUGUUUGGAUAAACACAUUUAAAAUCAGCCUUCAAGAUGUUUUCAGAGAUUUGAAGAAGAAGGGAUUCACAAGAGUUGAAUCUGUGUCAGACUUCGACCAUUAUACAUACUGUAUGGACCAACAUUGCCAUGAUGUAUUGGUUUUUCCUUCCUCUCUUAAAGAAGAACUGCUUAAUUUAGAUCUUUUUGCAGAUUGCAAACUCUUACUGCAGGAUAAGUCUCGCAGCCUUGCUGUACACUCUGCACAGGCACUGUUGAAUACGGACGAUGACAUUAUAGUGGCUCACGUAGGUUCUCAUCUGACCAUUGCCCAUAUGUCAGCGCUGACAAUUCACAGCACGUCCAGAAUUUUUGUUUGUGGUGUAAAAUCUUCAGCAAAAGCAGCUGAACUGAGGAACUUGCUCAGUCACAUGGGAUGUAAAAAUAUUCAGUUGUUACAUGAAGACUUUACUGAGAUUGGACCAACAGACCCAAGACUUCAAAAUGCGAAAGUUAUUUUGCUGCUACCACCAUGCUCUGGGCUGGGUGUUGGCAAUCCAAUAGACUUUAUUUUAAAUGAACAUGGAGAUGCAGGAUUGCUAAGAGACCUUUUCCAAGGAUCUGUAUCCGAGGAUAAACUCAGUAGUCUUGCUGAGAGGCAGCUUAAUGAAUUGAUGCAUGCAAUGAAAUUUAACAAAGUACAAGCUAUUGUUUACUGCACUUGUUCGGUUUACCCAGAAGAAAAUGAACUAGUAGUGGAAAAAGCACUGGAAUCUGGAGUGGAAGGAAAUAAAGUACAACCAUAUAGGCUUAUUCCUCCUGUUUUUUCUACUUCCUCCAAUUCAAAGGCUUCCACUGAAUUUUUUUUCAAAAUAGAGCCAUCAGAAAUUUCCAGUGGCUGUUUUCUAGCUAUUCUAGCAAAAGAGAAAGAUUCUUCUGAAAACGUGUCUGUUAAAGACAUUUUGGCUCGUGCUGCAGCAAAAGGACUACUAGACGGCAUUGUAGAAAAAUCAAAGGAAGAGGAGAAAAAGCAGAAAGUAACACAACGUAGACAUAAUAUUACUGGUAGUGGUAGAGAGCCGAAGAUUGCAGAGUUCCUUCACCAUCAAACUCUAUCCAAUACUAAGGCUGAAGUUUCCGUGUCUAAAGCAGUCAGUAACAUACAACAAAAGAAUGUGAACCGAACAAACAGCUAUGUUCAGCUGAAGAAACCUAUCAACCCCAUUGCAGACACAGCUCUGCCUAAAGUGCCGAAGCACACAUCUCAUUUGUCAUCUAUGGGCAAGGCGUACGAAAGACAACUUGCUAGAAAGGCACGCGCAGAACAUAAGAGGGUUGUAUUGAAGCCCGUGGAAAUUGUUUUGCCUCCAGUGAUAACACCAUACGUGAGUUCGCAAGGAAACAAACCCAGGAUAUCAACUCGUCAUUGCCUUCAUGGCUGGACUGGAGCAAAGGGUUUGAGUGGUAGGAUACUUCCACCACCUCUGUCUAAAGUGGUCAAGCCAGCUGUGCUUGGCCAUCCUCAACCAUGGCUGUAAGAAUCUUCAAACUUUGCCCUACCUUUAUACAGAAGUCAAUGUAGCUGGAUCAGCACCACCUUCAGAAGAAAGGAUGUGAAUGAUACUACACCAGCAGCGUAGACAGCUGGCUCUUGUUCAUCAGAUAAAUACCCUUGCUUCACUGAAUCAGUGCAAAUUUCUUCUAGCAUUUUAAUCUGGGCCAGCUGUCCUAUUCAAAGGCAUCACUCACCUGCUGCACAACCCUGCGAGUAACCCGUGCU